CCUAUUUCGGGCGGAGCAGACGAGCUUGGCCGCGGAGUAGACCUCGCAGCUGACUCGACCGCGGCUGCGGGCACCUCGAAAGCUGGGCAAGGGAAGCUUUCCGAUCCUUAAGAGUUAGGGUGUAGAGGGUCUCUCGGUAAGCGCAGGGGCUGGGCUCUGGGCCUCCCCAGGCGGAUAGGGCCUAAUGUCUGGGUCAUCUGGGCUCCUCCCCUAGGGGCGUGGCCAUGCCAUCGGACCAAUGAGCGGUCGCCUCCGCGGCCCCGCCCCCGCCCCGUCCCCGGAGCCGCGGCCUCACGGAGUAGCGAACCGCCCCGCGCCCAGGCCUGGGGCAGCGCGAGCGCCGAACCUUGGGCUGAUCACCAAGAUGCCUGGAGAACAGCAGGCAGAGGAGGAGGAGGAGGAAGAAAUGCAAGAGGAGAUGGUGCUGCUGGUGAAGGGUGAGGAGGAGGAAGGUGAGGAGAAGUAUGAGGUGGUGAAACUCAAGAUCCCUGUGGACAACAAGGAGGUCCCGGGCGAGAUGCCAGCGCCGUCCGUCGACCCCGCGCGCCCCCACGCGUGCCCGGACUGCGGCCGCGCCUUUGCGCGCCGCUCCACGCUGGCCAAGCACGCGCGCACGCACACGGGCGAGCGGCCGUUCGCGUGCACCGAGUGCGGCCGGUGCUUCUCGCAGAAAUCAGCGCUGACCAAACACGGCCGCACGCACACGGGCGAGCGGCCCUACCAGUGCCCGGAGUGCGACAAGCGCUUCUCCGCCGCCUCGAACCUGCGGCAGCACCGACGGCGCCACACGGGCGAGAAGCCGUACGCAUGCGCCGACUGCGGCCGGCGCUUCGCGCAGAGCUCCAACUACGCACAGCACCUGCGCGUGCACACGGGCGAGAAGCCGUACGCGUGCCCGGACUGCGGACGAGCCUUCGGCGGAAGUUCGUGCCUGGCGCGCCACCGGCGCACGCACACGGGCGAGCGGCCGUACGCAUGCGCCGACUGCGGCACGCGCUUCGCGCAGAGCUCGGCGCUGGCCAAGCACCGGCGCGUGCACACGGGCGAGAAGCCGCACCGCUGCGCCGUGUGCGGCCGGCGCUUCGGCCACCGCUCUAAUCUGGCGGAGCACGCGCGCACGCACACCGGCGAGCGGCCCUACCCGUGCGCGGAGUGCGGCCGCCGCUUCCGCCUCAGCUCGCACUUCAUCCGCCACCGUCGCGCACACAUGCGGCGUCGCCUCUACAUCUGCGUUGGUUGUGGCCGGGACUUUAAGCUUCCAGUCGGCGCCACGGCCGCCACCGCCACCGAGCGCUGCCCGGAAUGCGAGGGCAGCUGAGCCGCCCCGGUCCUGCCUCGGCCCGGGGGGACUGCGCUGCACCGACCUGGACGUGUGGCUCCUCCCGCGCCCCUGCACCUGGGCCCGGGAGAGGAUGGGGCCGGCCGGCCUGGCUGCUCUGGAACUCGGGGUCCCUGGGAGCCGUGUCCCACCCCCAUCACUACAGUCCCGUGGCCCGUGUUAGUGAAUAAAGUAUUCUGUCUUCACGAGGA